CCCGCCGUCACCCCCGGGAUCACUGGCCUCGGGAACGAAUGGUGCGAGGGCUGCCCGCGUGGGCACUGAGGACCCUGGCGAGGCCAGGGGUUCCCGCUGCGCCCAGAGAGAAUGACCUGCCCAUCUCUCUUUGGGACUGAUGCAUACUGGUUCAGAAGUGCCAACAAAUUCCGAACCGGAGCUGUGCUUCGGAGAUCUCCCUUCCUCGGUAGAAUAGCCCUUUCACUUAUAUUUCUCCGUGAAAAGUAAAGCCGGCACCAUGCCCCCCAGAGCCUUCUAAGCCCAGGAACUGUCAGGCCCCACAACUCUCCCAAGGCGACGGGAGGUAAACACGCCCCAGACAAAACGACCUCAUCUCUGAGAACGCCCCGAGCCACGUCGAUGGUCCGGCCCCGCGUGCAGUUGGAGCGGGAGGCCUCGGUUCCCCCUGGUUAAGCCCGGAUCCGCGCCGGUCCUCACUGCGCCUUGGGUCCUUUGCAGGGCACGCAGCGCGGGAAGCCGCCAUGGACCGCGACGGCCCGGCGAGCAGCUCCCGGAUCGCUAGCAACGAGACUGCGCUCCCGGUGGCAGCCACCCGCGACUCGAGCCCGGGCAGGGCUGGGCCAGGACCCGCGGGCCCGGGAGGCAGCGCCCGCCCGGGGGGCGGGAGGCCGGCUGCGGCGAACGCCGCGCGGGAGCGAAGCCGAGUGCAGACCCUGCGGCACGCCUUCCUGGAGCUGCAGCGCACGCUGCCGUCGGUGCCGCCGGACACCAAGCUGUCCAAGCUGGACGUGCUGCUGCUGGCCACUACCUACAUUGCUCAUCUCACCCGAAGCCUGCAGGACGACGCCGAGGCGCCGGCGGAUGCUGGGCUGGGCGCCCUGCGCGGCGACGGCUACCUACACCCUGUCAAGAAAUGGCCCAUGCGAUCAAGAUUAUACAUUGGUGCUACUGGUCAGUUUCUGAAGCAUUCUGGAUCUGGAGAAAAAGCAAAUCGUGGCAGUACUACAACAGACUCACAGCCUUAGGCUUUUCCCUGAUGGGUGCUGGUAGAAAGUGGCAUCCAUUGUUUUUAAACAGUAGGAAAUCAUUCUGUAUUUAUUACAUCAGACAUAACAAACAUCAUGCCUGAAAGUUUACAUGUGAAUCCAUAGUGGGAAGUUCCGGUUUAUCUGUCUAAUCUAAAUAAAUGUGGAAGGAAAUCAUCAGUCUUGCGUAAAACACAGCUUAUCUACCCAUUGUGAGAGAUAUUCAUUACUGUAUAGUGCAAGAAAAACUAUUGGAAAACAGAAAGAUACAAAAAUCAAAGAAUCGUGUGUAUAUAUAUAUAUCCAAAGAAUAUACACAUUUUCUAUAGGGUAUCUAUUACCCCCUGAAAAGCUGAUAGCUAUCAAUAGUCUUGACAGUUAAAAAUAAAAAGACACCAAUAUUCCAUUUUUGUGAAAACCAGUCUGUGCUUAAGUUGGUCUGAGAAGCCAUUUCUAUUGGAAGGUGUGAGAUCAUUUAUUCAGUUUCAGCUAAAGAUGUUUGAGAAGAUUGUUGAGGUAUUGUGAAGUUGCAGUACUUCUACAACUAGUUAUUGUUCCCUCUUAGAAAACCUGUUUGGAGUACUGGAAGAGUUUGCUGUAUUAGACAGGGUUUGGCCACCUUCCUGGAUGACUAUGAAAUAGUGUAUUAUGUUUCCAAUUUUUGGAAGGCUUUGGGAAUCCCUGCAGCCUGGUGUGAAGAGCAGAUGAGUGUCACUGAGCAACAGUGCUCCUCAUUCUCUUCCCUGGGUCCUCCAUAUCCCCGCCACCUCUUUCAGGUCCUGACUAGAUGAGCAGGGGCAGCUGCUGCCCCUUCCAGAGAGUCAACCCCUCAUGGUCAUGAUCUCAGCUUUGCCAAUGCUCCUUCGCCCCCGUCAGUUGCUGUUCACAAUCUACCUACUUGGCCAUUAUGAAACAGGAGAAAACCUGUCUGAUUUGGGAAUUCUGGCCCUGAUCUGCUCCUUGAGGGGGUCUGAGGACACCCAGUGACUACCCUGAGCUCAAUCAGGCCACAGCGUAUCCCCCCUGAAUCUGCCCCGAUGUGAACGUACAAUCAGGAAGGUCCUCUCCUGUGGGCCUCUCCCCCAGCACUGCACACCAGGUGUCCAGGGAGCAGCUUUUUGGCCUGACUGCACCUGUUUUUGUUUUCAACAGGAGUCUGGGGGUCAGAGCCAUGAAGCAGAAAUGUCUGUCAGGGACCACUCUGAAUCUCAAAACAGGUCUCUUGUCAUAUCUUUAACUCCCUUUCUUCUCUUUCUCCUCAGUCUUUACUAUUCUUUCCAACUGUAAAGUUCAUUUAAUUCUCAAUGACCUAAGGUUAAAGAAGCUGAACUUGAUCAAGAUUAGCAAAUAGGAAAAUAUAUUAAUGGACUGGGUUGAACUGAUUAAUACAGCUGUUGAACCAUCAUUUUAUUUUUCUCCUCACUGCAGUGUUUUUUCAGCUUUUGACAGUGAAAUGAGGUAAAAGACCAUUGGAAGGCAAAAACCAUCACUCAGUUGAUUCAGCUGAACAUGAUCAUGUUUUGGCUCAUAUCUGAUAGCCUGUAAUUUUUAUGAUUUUAAUGUGAAUACUCCUAGUAAUGUGACCAAAGCAUGUCUUUAAAAACAGAAGGCAUAUAAUGAAAAAUUUUCUACAUAUUAAUAUGUAGCAAAAAUGUUUGUAUAUUUAAAUAUUUGUAAAUAUAUUUACCCACACAUAUACCAUUGAAAGGAAUAUAAUGGAAAAUGAGGUAUGAAUCCAGCCAUUCACUAUUAUAAGUAAUUGCCAUAAAGAGUGCUAUGACUAAUCUUUUUCUUAAGGCAUGAAAUCAAAGUUCUUUAAAAUUACCUGAAACUGAACUCUAAAUACUACAUUUGAUAGCAAUAGUUUCAGAAAUGGUUUUCUUGCUAGUAGUAAUCUAUUUGGCUACAUUGUUAAAGAAUUUAAUUGGGGGGAAAUUAUGACUUCUGUUAAAUUGCCAGACUUCCCUAAAUCAUUCUGUUGAAGAGUUAAGCUUUGCCUUUGGCAGUGUUACUUUUUAUUUCUUCUUGUCCACUUAUAGAAAAGAAAUGUCUUAAUGCCAAAGAAGUAUAUUUCUGUCAUAGGUUUUCAUAAUAUCUCAUUAAAUUGCUAAAUAUGUUAACAGUUUUUGGUAGCUUUUAAAAUCUCAAGGGAGAAAUUGCAUAUUUUCACCCAAAGGUUCAAAGGAGCAUGCUGUUUAAAUUAACGGUGCACGUUCAGGAUAAAGGUAUUACUAAAA